AUGCCUCGACCGCGCGAGGCCAUCGUCUCGGCGGAUCGCCUGCUGCGAGACAGCCGCUUCUCGGCCAGUGCUCGUCGGGCAAUCUUUCAAAAAAGGAAGGAGUAUGCGUCAAAAGUUGCGUUGGCGUUCUUUUUGCAGACGUUGGCUCGCUUGGUGACUGAGCAUCAAGCCGGUCUUCUUCCUGACGACUUUAAUGCUGACGAAGCGAUCCUCUUCCUCUGCCUGGCGGCGACUAACAUGGUCAAGAAUGCCACUCGUGAAUUGGAGCGGCCGCCCGUGGCGAUUGCUGAGAAUGGAACGCCUCAUGUAGAGCUGGCUCGCUUUACCGACGCGACAUGGACUCAAUGUUUCGGCCUGGCAAAUGCAGCGCAGUUUGAGCGACUGGCAGCCGCGCUGGCCCCCCAUGUCGACGCGCAUCUACCUGUCCCACUGCAAGAGGCCCUUCUUGCGUUUUUUGCUCUUUUCCACCGGUCAUCACGGCUCGCAGACGCCAUCCGCACCUUGGGAGUGUCAUGGACGGUACCCAAGAUGUCUCAGGUCAUCAAUCAGUUUGCGCUGGCCGUGAAGAACAAGUUUCAGCGCCGGUUGGCCUUUGAUGCGCGUUUCUUUCAACCAGACUGGACCGCAACCGCAGCUUUGGCCGUGGCCGCAAAGGAAGCCUCCUCACCAGGGAUAUGCGCAUUUAUCCAUGGCACGAGCCAAAACCUGGCUCAACCCAAGGAGAGAGCCGCUCGAGCUGCCUUUUACUCUGAUAAAGAUUCGAGGUACACUGUUCGCUACCAAGGCGUUGUGGCACCAAAUGGCAUCGUGACCAGCUUUUCAGGGCCGUGGGAAGGGAUGAAUGAUGACGCUUGCAUGCUAAACAAAUCAGGCUUGCUGGAAAGUCUUGAACGAGCAUGGCCUGCGCAAAAGCCCUGGUGCUUACUGGGGGACUCGACAUAUCCGCAGUCCAAACGCCUGAUACACCCUGGAGAGGGUUGCACCGCAGCAACUGGCCCGAUAAACGCCGGUCUCAAGCAGCUUCAUACUAUGGUUGAGUGUGCUGUUAGGACUCCUGGUUAUGGGGUCACAUCGCGCUUUGAAGGCAUUGUGGAUUCGCGCCGAAUGAUGGUUCACGAGCGGCCAGUAUCAGCCUACAUGCUCACAGCAGCCUUGCUGACCAACAUGAUUGCGUGUGAUAACCAAGACAAUCCCGUUGCCCAAUGUUUUGGUCACAAGAUGCCAAUCCCCUCCUUGACCGAAUACAUGGCGCCACUCUCUCCCUCGGAACGUUGA